AUGGCGCCCGUUGCCAAGGAAUUCGACAAGAUCAUCCAGGACGGCCGCGAGCGAAAGAGAAAUGAAGCACUCGCCAGCCGAAUCUUCUCCAAGGGCCGCCGCCAGAGCGCGCCGUCCAAGCUCAAGGCCGCCGCCGGACCGUCCCUCGCCAGUCGCGUAGGCGUCCGCAAGAUCCCGCAGCGCGCCAUCACCUCGGGCCGUCGGGCGAGCGUGCCCGCCGGCAACGUGAACGGAGAAUGGACGCACGACCUGCACGACACGGUCCGCGGCGGCGGCGGCAGCAGCAGCGCCGCGGCCUCUACAUCCCUCGGGGCGCGCGUUACGCUCCCCGGCCAGAACCUGUUCAAGCGGGCCGUGGCGCGCCAGGCCAAGCUGGCAGCGGCCGCCUCCAACGCCAUGGACAUUGACGGCGGCAGCGGCGGCAAGGGCGCCGCUGCUGCGCGCGGUCAGGUCAAUGUGCGGUCGGCGGCGCCGCGGCAGCAGCAGCAGCAACAGCAGGGGAUCUCGAUCCGCGGCAUCGCGGGGCCGUUCGCCGUCAUGGGGCAAAACUUUGCGCCGGGCACGACGCCGGCGGACGUCGAGAGCGCCAUGACGCCGAUCGGCGGCGAGAUGAUCCGCUGCGCAGUCGUCAAGUCGCAGCCGUUCCUGAUGAUGGAGAUGGUGUUUGCGUCCAAGGAGGGCGCGGAGCGUGUCAUUGAGACGUUCAACGACAAGACGGCCGACGGUCGCAUCCUCAAGGUAUACCCCAAGGUCGGCGGCUACCAACCCGCCGCCGCCAGCAGCGACGUGAUGCAGAGCGUCUCCGGUAACAACAGAAGCGGCGGCGACUUGUUCAGUGACAGGAUCGGCGCCGGGAAGCGCGGUGGCCGUGGCGGUCGUCGGGGCGGGCGCAUCUAA